UAAACGUACGAUGUUCAUAAAAAUAGUUGUUUUAAUAACUUAUCUAUAUUCUAAUUAGGUUUAUGCUUCAUAUAAUUUAAAGAAAUAGUUUUCAAAUAACAAAAUAACGUUAGAAGUUAUUUUCUGUUGAAUUGUUUGUCAAUAAUAAACAAAAAUAGUACGUUCAAAGAUAUUUUAGACAUAAUUACUGAACAUUGAUUGAUUGGUGUGCUCGUACUAAUAAUUUUGUGAUAAAAUAUCAAGGAUAAACUGAUAAAGGUGUUUACAUUAAUUUCAGAUAUUAAUUUAACUAGAUUCUUAAAAUAUUUCUAUUUCAUAAUUGGCUGAACCCAAAGAUUUUAUAUAUUAACCUAAGCUAUGACACCAUCAGUUAAGGUAGGAAUUAUUGGAGGUACUGGGUUUGAUAACCCAGAUAUUCUGAAAAAUCGUAAAGAAAAAUUUGUUUCAACACCUUUUGGAAACCCUUCAGAUUCUUUGAUAUUAGGAGAAAUAGAUGGAGUCCCAUGUGUUCUAUUAGCUCGACAUGGUCGGAAACAUCAUCUUAUGCCAAGUAAUAUAAAUUAUCGUGCGAAUAUUUGGGCAUUAAAAGAGGAAGGCUGUACUCAUAUCAUAGCUACUUCUGCUGUAGGCUCUUUACAAGAGCACUAUAAACCGGGAGAAUUGGCUUUAGUUGACAAUUUGAUAGAUAGAACAACGAAUCGUCAGCAAACAUUUUAUGAUGGAGAACCUGAACAUCCAAUUGGGGUUUGUCAUAUUCCCUUGGAACCUGUUUAUUGUACAAAGACAAGGAAAUUGAUUUUAGAAGUAGCAGAUAAACUUGGAAUGCCUAUAAUAAAAACAGGUACUCUUGUAACCAUUGAAGGACCACGUUAUUCUACUAAAGCUGAAAGUAAAAUGUAUAAACUCUGGGGAGGUGAUAUUAUUGGUAUGACACAAGUACCUGAAGCAAUUUUAGCUAAAGAGGCAGCUAUUUGUUAUGCUAAUAUAGCUUUAGUCACUGACUAUGACUGUUGGAGAGAUUCAGGGGAGAAAGUGUCUGUUCCAGAAGUUAUGAAGACAUUUGCUGGAAAUGUUUCUAAAGUUAUAAAACUUGUUUUGGCUGUAGUGCCAGAAAUACGUAGAAGUAAUUGGAAGGAAGUUAUUGCAGAACUUAAGGACAUGCAGCAAAAUAGUGUAAUGCUACCACAUUAACUACAUGGCAAUAAGUUUAUCAAUAUCAUAUAGAAAAUAAUGGUGUUCAAAAGUGUAUUUGAGAUAUUGGAUAUAUUUGUACCAUUAGUUAGCAAAUUAAAUAUCUAAAUUUUAUAAUCAAGUAUUUUUGUACCCAAAAUUUUCAAAUAAAAUUAAUUUUUCAAUAAA